AUGGGUAAACAGCUUAAAACUCUCCCAUUAUAUGAAGAAGAUAACCACAGUUAUCUGGCUGAUGGAGUUAUUAAACUUUAUGGGUUAAAAAACAUUGAAAUCUUGCUGCUUGAAACGUCAGGUUGUUUUGGUUCUACAGAUAAAUCAAAAAUUGCAUUUGAUCAUCAUAAGGGUCUCUUUGAAGUCCUUGCGAUGUUAAAAAGUAUUGCUGAUGAAUUUCCUAUGGCAAGUGUGGAGACAUUCCAAAAAUGUAAGGUCUUUUUCACGCAUGGUGCAGGAGAAAAUACUUACCUCUGGAGCCUACGUUUUGAGCCAAAAGACCCGAUCUUUGAAUUGUGGCUCGAAGAUACGCUGUAUAUAAAGCCAGAUAUUGAUAACAAACUAGAAACUCUUCCUUGUUUCUUGAACUUCUUCUGGGGCAUGAAGAGCCGCUUGACUGAGAGCAUCCUGAAUUUUGUCCAGCUCAAAAAAGAGCAUAUUGAACAUUUAGUAAAGAAUAGAUUUAAUGAUGUCGCUCCUUCAGAUAAUCUUUCUACAAUUGUUAAUCCAUCUAUUCUAAAAUUACUUGAAGAAGACGACAAAGUGGGUAUGCAUUUACUUGGCCCAUUCUACUGUGGUUCUUUCUCUCCUUAA